UUCUACAGCGGCUGCUUUCUGAGCUUCAUGUACACCAAACUAUGGGGACCUCUUCCAGCUGAGACACACCAACUCAUACAGGGAUUCUGCUGUUUGUGAACUUGGAGCAGGUUAAGGCCAGGAUUCUAGGGUUAAAUCCUGUGUAGGCUCUGUCAGUCAUCAGGACACAGCAGAUUUCAAAGGAAAAAAGAAAACAGGAAAUGGAGGGAAAGCGUCUUGUUAUUGUGUGGUUUCUGUGGAUGCUGCCACUGGGACUGAAUAGCACAGUGACACUUCAGCCUAACCACCACUCCACUGACUUCAGGAGAAGUGAGGUUACUGCAACUUCAGACAAAGUUUCACCCUUAGAAAUGGCACAAGAGCACCUCAACAACGCACCUGAUGAAGGACACCAUAGCACUGUAGCACCUUCAGUUGAGUUGAAGCUCACAGUGAAGAGUGAACCACAGACUCCAGACCAGGUGUCCACCAGAUAUAUUCUCAGCUCGUAUCGGCCUUCAAUCCACCCUUUGAGUACAAGCACAAAGAGGAACUCCCAGUCACCUCAGGACCGCCAAUCCACCAGAUAUAAAAACAACUCCACAGUGGAGAUCACAGCAGAUGGAGCCGAGGAAACUUUGCCCACUAUGGGGAAUCAGCCUCUGUUAAGGCGAGAUACACCCUCCAGCAAGGACGAAGUAAGUCCAACAGCAUCACCUAGACCUGGACCUUCUGAGUUGUCCACUCAAACAACCCCACCGACACCAAAUCAACCAACAGUGAUCCAAACAGGGCCUGGUCCGUCCAAUCCUCCGAUGUCGCAGUCCAACAACUCAACGGAGAGGAUCCGACCCACGCCAACUGGUGUUGGAUUUAGAGUGACACCGACUAGAGCUGAAUUUACUUUGAACACAGGUGGGGAGGCUCAACUGCCCAGUACCCCCUCCCAGGCUCCAGUCACAAGCAGGAGAUCAACCCCUUCACGCCCCACUGAAAUAGGUCCAACAGGCCCAUCUGAGCUGCCUAGUGCUGCCACUUCACCCGCCACCCUACCUCCCUCUUCAGCCAUGACCAAAUCUUCAACCCACAUCUCCACUCCAUGGACGUCGACUCAGCCCGCCAAGACCCUUGCCACCACAGCAGCCUCUGUUACUGCUAGUAUUGCCGUUACCAGCACCAAGGGCCAAUCCACACCAAUGGUCCCCACUACAAAACAAGUCACCGCUGCCACCACCACGGCAGGACUGCCUCCUCCGACAAAAACUGCAAACAAAGACAAGAGCAAAACGACGGGGAACCAUGGCACAAUGGUGGCUGUACUGACUGGUGUGAUGCUGGUUCUGAUGCUGGUGGGUUUCGGGGUCAUCUUCGUGAGGAAGCGCAAACAACAAAGGAUGCAGCUGCAGAAUACAGCCUGGGCCGGCCCCUCUCCGUUUCUGGACGGUGGAGUCCAGUCUCGACUGGAUAAUGACGAAAGCAGUGACGUCCACCUGAGGGGCUCCAAUCGGAUCUCCUUCUCUGGCUUCCUGUCUCAGCGGCUCUCCAAGAGGCUGUCUCUGCUCCAGGAGACUGACGAGGAAUUCCGGAUGGGUGAGAUUCCGGCAGGAAGUACAUUCGGAAGAGAGACUGUUUCAGAUGAUGUUCAACCGAGCAACGGGACUGCUGCGGUGCACAACGAAAAGACCCAGACUGAGGAGGUGCAACCUCCGGACAACUCCUCAUCUCCUUCUCCACCGACGGCUUCAGAGACCACUGCCACAGCACACACCCAUGACCAUCAGCCUCCUGCCUCCUUGCAGGUUGUUGAUCUGGGGCCAGACAAUGCUCCCAAUGGAUCUCGCUCUCCCUCUCGUAUGCCACCAGAUAUCCCAGAAGCUGUUCCUCCACCAUUGUUGGAUGUUUACCUGGGUCCCCCCUCAGACCAGGCCAGCCCCCCUUCACCAGAGAGCACAGAUCUUCCCCCCCCACCCCUCUGACCCGCCUUUACCCGUCUCCAAGCAGUGACAGAUAGCAACACACAGGAAACCCCCUCUCCUCCCCCUCCAUCGAACAAAGGAAACCACUCACGCCAAAAAACUAAACUCAAACUGAUGCUUAUCAGUGUUCCGCUUCCUCUAUCUGAUUAAACAUUUCAUGAAAUUGAUCUUCAACUAGGCCUAUAGCCAUAGUUUGAUUGUCAAAACCAAGCCAAUCCAUCUCCCUAUUUAACGGGGUAACUUUGGCAUUGGCCACAAUAAUUUGCUUUUUAACACAUGAUCCCUAUGGUCUUUCUAUGAAGAUAACCAAAUGUACACUGAGAAAGCUUUCCCAAAUGUUUUCAUUCAAGAUGUAGAUACUGUUCAGAUCCUUAUUAAUUCAGCCUGACUAAUCUGUAGCAGUGAUAUUUAUUUCAUGCUACAAUAAUUGCUUUUUCAUUAGUGUACUUUUUGGAGGAAAACAUAUAGUGAUAUAAGGGCCUAAACAUCAGCAUCAUACCCAGUGGUGAGAUAAUUCAGAGAAGGAUGCACUGCUGAAGUAAUGUAAUAGUGUGUGUGUGCAUGCACGGCAAAUGAUAAUUUUCAGAGCAUAAAUCCAGCCACUGCAAAAAUCUACCCAGGCUGAGACAUUCAUUGGGCAAAAUGGUGAGAGAGGAAGUUCUAAAAGGAAAUGAAAUGUGAGGGUGAAUUAUAUAAUUAAACCGAGGAACGAUAGAUAGAAAGGGAUAGAAUGAAUGUGAAAAUGAGAGUAAGAGUGAGCAGGGAGUUAGUCUCUCAGUGGGGCUGGCCCGACACCGUUAGUGAGUGCGUUACUGCAGUGUUGCAGUCGCUCCCAGUGUAUUUCAUAGCUGUGCAGCAGUAGAGACAGAAAGAGGGAAAUGUCAGACCCACAAAUAGCACCUCAACGUCUCAUCUGAAGAGAAACCACAGAAACAAUAAGAUGGGAGAUGGAAAGCAAUAACCACGCCCACACACACAAUUAUUUCCAUCUACACAUAUUCUUACCUGUCAACAAAUGAGAGUUGUGAAAUGCUCAUUGUUCAUCAAUCAUGUAUUUAUGCAAUAAAUCCACUGAUGGUAAA